AUGUUUCCAGGAAUUGUUCCGCACAUCACCUACAUAAUUAACUCUGAUGGCUGUUCCUCUUAUUCGAAGACAAUGCGUUUCACUGGCUCCUACUUAUGGCUUUCCUUUACCUACUUGGGGCUCUCCUUUACGCAACUCGUACUCCGGAGCGGUUUUUCCCAGGAAAAUGUGAUAUUUGGUCGACAAAAUGAAGCACAGUGGAGUCGACAAACUUGCCGCUCAUCACCGGCGGACGCGGACGAUUUUAGCUUCGAUUACGACGUUUUGGUGCCGUCUCCUAGGGUAUCACUUCAGGACAGGGAUUUUCCGAUCUUAUUGCAUGAUGCCUGCGCAGCUUUGUUUCAAUCCCAUCAGCUGUUCCACACAUGUGUUGUGAUAGCUGCAUUCGUCCAUUACUACGGCAUAUCGGAGAUGGCAUGGAUGAGGCUGAACGGUCAAUGUCCAGCCGAUGCACUUUCAUUUCUUUCACGAAAUGAAUUGUAA